AUGACUUACCUCAAGGACACCUAUCAGCGGUUCCUGGCGAACCCCAGGAACGCGCCGUUGGCCGCCAAUGCCUCGCUGAUCUAUGUCCCCACUACCACCAAAAUCGAGGGUGCCGACGCGAUCGCAACCCAUACGUCACGACAAGCUAGCAUUGUCAGGAAGAAGUCGGAUCAGGUCCUCAAUGCUAUCGAGAGCUCUGACGCGUUGUGCUUGGAUAUGGAGACCACCCUGGAGUUUCUCGAGGGUGGUGGCGCCUAUCUCCCCUCCCUCGAUGAUAAUUUCCUGGCCGACCGCGUCGUGACCAUCCCCACGGUCCACAUCGUCCACUUCAAUGCCGAACAACAAAUCCAACAGGUCCGGAUCUACUGGGACCAGGCCUCGCUGCUAAAGGAGAUGGAGGUAAUUGGUGCGCGUGGCCGUUCCUGGCCGAUUCGCCCGGCGCAAGAGCAGGUCCGUCUGUUGAAGUCGGCGAUCGAAACAAAAUCUGCUGCGCCCGUCCUCGUCUCGUCCGCCGAUGCCAACAAGGACCUCCCCGCACGCCCUGCAUCCCCGGGCAAGCGAUACAUUAAAGAUCCUUACUCCGCAGACUCGCUGUUCGAUCUCCUGUCUCCUCAAAAGGGCGAGGGCGCGACCGAGCAGGAUGAUGAUCGCCGACCUUCGUCCCCCGGCAAGAGAUACACCCGCGACCCCUACGCUGCUGGAUCCUUGACCGAACUGUUGUCGCCCAGCAAGGAAGAGUCCGCUCCUCCCCGCCCAUAUGCCCCCUCGGCUGCCCAGCCUGCGUCCCGCCAGUACGGCGAGCUGUUCAUUGGAGACGACGACGAGACCCCCAGCACACCCUCCAAGGCCGAGAAAGUGGCUGCGCCCAAGGCGGGCUCUAAAUUCCAAGGCAGCCGCAUCUUUGGAGACAACGACGACGCCACAGACGAACGGGCCCCUUACAAGACCAACCCACUUAAAUUCAACCACUUUGAGAUUGGCGCUGUUGACGCCGAUCCGGAGAUCAAGGACCACGUCCAGCGUGGCAAGUCGCGCAACCAGUCGCAAUGGCACCAUGGCGAUACCACCACCCCGAAGAAGAACACCGAGAAGGCGCGUGGCUUCGGAUAUGGCGAUGACAAUGCCGAGGCCGAGUCACCUCCAGCCCGUCCAGCCGUGCACAAGCCUCGUCGUGAUGCGGACGUGCACUUUGAUAUGACGGAUGAUACAGACGAGGAGGAUGAUGGCCGUAUCAUCAGCUCCUUCGAGAACCGAGGCAAGGGCCUGUAUGAAAAUCGACUCUUCAACGAGGAUGGUACUCCCAAAGCCGCUGGAGACGAGAAAAGGAAGACCGAAUCCCUCGGCGUGACGGGCAACAAUGUCAGCCGUAGCCAGGCCUUCGACUCUCAUUGGGAGAUGACCGAUGUCUCGCCCGCGGCCAUUCACAAAACCCCAAAGCCUAUGGCCAUGGAUCGUGCCAAGGCCGUUCAAAUGAUGGAGUCGUCGUGGGAUAACUAUGACCAAUCUCCCGAGCCUACUCGCACUGCUACCUCCCUGCACAAUCCAGCUCGCCACAACCAGCCUUCUUGGACUAUGGGCGAUGAUGAGUAA